UCUCUUCUUCUCGCAAAGUCUCCUAGUUUUUUGGAUCAAAACAGCGAGAUUUCUCUUCUCUUCUGCGUUGGUUCAUGAUCAUGAUUUCCCCGCUUUUUCCUCCCCGGUGUCAUUCGACCGCAAACUGUAUGCCCUAUUUGGGGAUGAUUCCGGAUUAGCACGGAGCUUCGUCGGUGCAAAAGAUACGACCUUUGAUUACCUAAGAGGCUGCUUAAUCUUCUUGGCCUCUCAUCUCCGAGAUGCCCACUUACACUGCGAUCGCUUUGGAAAGGCUUUUGGAGCCUGGGUCUCGGGUUUCUGCUCCGAAGCCGCCGCCUGUGGUGCCGAACACGGUGGAAAAAACGGCGCAAGUGUCCACGGUAAGGAAGAGCAUUCCCCGGCCGAACAUUUCACCUGCCCUGUAUGCUACUCCGGAGACUACUCCGCUUCCAGAUUCCCCAUCAUCAUGUACAUCGGAAUCCCCAUAUCUGAUCAAUCAUAAGAGACGAGGGCCUCGUUUGAUUAAUCGUUUCCAGAAGAAUGAUGCCAUUGAUGGACAAUCUAAGCAAUCAGAGGUGGAACAGAAGGUUGAUGUGGUAAAGGAAAUGGAGUAUGAUAUUGGGAACUAUGAAGCUGAUGGAGUGGAAACUAGUGAGGGGAAGCUGCAAAAUCAAAAUCUGGGCACAGGGGAGACGGGAGCUGAGGAUUCGAGGAAGCCUACUUUAUAUAAUCUUGAAAGAGAUGAGGACACCGAUGACUUUUUUGACAUGCAGAGCAUUGCAAGUAGCUCUGAUUUUGAAGAUAGCUGUAGUCGAUUUAGAUCAAGUACUCCUCGAGGGGAAUUCUUUGAUGCUCUUGAAGAGAUUUCUAGCGAUGGCACAUCACCGUCACCAUCUUCCUAUAACAACCUUGAAGCCGAAUUUCGUGAGAUGAAGCUUCAUCUCUUGAUGGAGAUACAGAAGCGGACGCAGGCUGAAGAAUCAUUGCAAAACUUGCAAGAUCUCUGGCAUAGACUGUCCCAUCAGCUGUCACUAUUAGGCUUUAGCCUUCCUCUUCCACCAUCCAUCUCUGAGGAUAUGAAUAUAGAACAUAGUGUGGAUCCUGUUGCGGAAUUGUCCCAACAGAUUGUUGUUGCACGAUGUGUUGCUGAUGCUGUCGUACGAGGUUCUGCUCGUGCUGAAGUUGAGAUGGAAAUGGAACCUCAGAUUGCAUCAAAGAAUUUUGAGAUUACUAGGCUAUGGGAUCGACUCCAAUAUUAUGAAGCUGCUAAUAGGGAAAUGUCACAUAGGAAUCAAGAGGCAGUCGAAAUGGCUAGACAACAACGGAAUAGGCGCAAGAGGAGACAGAAAUGGUUUUGGGGUUCAAUCUGUCUUGCCAUUACAAUCACUGGCGCUGCUAUCACUUGGUCCUAUGUUCCUUCAACAGAGGCAAUUCCCAGCGAAAGCAAAUCUUCUACCAUCGGCGAGCAAGAAUGAAGACAGAGCACCAUAAGAAUCAGCUUAUCCUAUAUCAGUGUCUUUGCCUGUAACAAAUUUUACCUUCAUAGUUGAAGCUGAAUACAAUCCUCAAGGUAAUAAAUCACAUACUGCGUGAGUUUGGUGUGUUUUUUGUUCUA